AUCUUUGCAGAAAAGCGUACAUAGCUACUACUUUCCUAACUGCUUACAUCCUUAUUUCUAUCAUUCUAGACGUUUCUAAGUUCUCUUAAAGUUUUCUAACUUAAAGUUUUAACCCAGAAGUUCGAAGGUUUUAGUUGAAGGCAGGCAGAUACGUACAUUUUGAUUUCAAAUCAAUUAUUGUACUUAGAAUUACACAAUGGAUCCAAAUGAUGAAUGGGAUGCGUAUGAAGCUAGCGUGGCUGCUUCUGAACCUCCACCUAACCAAAGCUCCUCCAAUUCUAGUAAACCUGUAGCUACAACUGUUUAUACUAAUUCCAAUAGAUCUGAUUGGAGAGCUAAUAACAUCUCUAAUACAAAUAGGUCUAAUUGGAGAGCUAAUAACAUUUCUAAUACAAACAACCAGAGAUUUGAUACAAAUAAUAAAAAAAACAUCACAGUUCCAUCUGAUAAGGUGGGGAGGAUUAUAGGUAAAGGUGGUUCUAAAAUUCGUGAUCUAGAGUAUGAAACUGAUACAAAGAUCCAAAUUGGCCAAGCUUCAGGUUCAGACACUGUCAUAACUCUGUUGGGAUCUGAUGAUAACAUCAGUAAAGUACAGGAAAUGAUAGGAAAAUUAACAGAAGAAUGGAAGCCUCCAGUAAAAAAAUCAUUUGAUACUGCUACUAAUUCUGCUAAAAAUUCUACUAAUAAUCCUGAUCCAAAUUUUGACCCUAAGGAAUAUAUGAUAAUAAACGAACAUGGGGAGGAAGUAAUGGACUGGGAAAGAUUUAAUGCAUAUUGUGAUAAGGUGCAGAAAGACAUUUGGGCAAAUCUCCCUCCAAUUGUUAAAGAUUUCUAUCAGGAAGACCCUGAAAUUACGGCUAUGACUCCGUCUCAAGUGGCUCAGUGGAGAAAAGUUAAUAAUGACAUACAAGUUAAAAGAACAUUUGACGACAAACCUGACUUAAGGCCAAUUCCAAACCCAGUUCUAAAGUUUGAACAUGCUUUCCGUAAUUACCCUGAAAUUCUGGAGCAAAUAUACAAACAGGGUUUCAAACAACCAUCGCCAAUUCAAAGUCAAGCUUGGCCUAUAUUGUUAAGAGGAGAAGACAUGAUAGGAAUUGCCCAAACUGGUACCGGUAAAACAUUAGCAUUUCUAUUACCAGCUCUCAUUCACAUAGAUGGACAACCAACACCAAGAGAAGAACGAGCAGGUCCUACUGUUCUCAUAUUAGCCCCAACUAGGGAACUGGCUUUACAAAUUUGGCAGGAAGUUUGUAAAUAUGAAUACAGGGGGAUAAAGUCUGUAUGUUUAUAUGGAGGUGCAAAUAGAAAAGACCAAAUCAAUCAAGUUAGUAAAGGUGUAGAUAUUGUGAUAGCUACACCUGGUCGGUUCAAUGAUUUGGUGCUGGCACGGCACUUACAUGCAAUAAAUUUUUCUUAUAUUGUGUUAGACGAAGCAGAUAGAAUGCUGGAUAUGGGUUUCGAGCCACAGAUUAGGUCAUCUUUAUUUGACGUGAGACCUAAUCGUCAAUGCGUAAUGACAUCCGCUACUUGGCCUGAAGGUGUAUGUAGUUUAGCAGAGAAAUACAUGUCAAAUCCUAUUCAAGUGAAUGUGGGAUCCUUAGACUUAGCUGCUGUACACACUGUGACACAAAAAUUCAAGUUUGUUGAAGAAGAGGAUAAAGAUUCUACUUUGUUUGAAUUCAUUUAUGAUAUGGAUGAAAAUGAUAAGAUAAUUAUAUUUUGUGGCAAAAAAGCAACAGCUUCACAUAUUUCAUCAGAACUAGCUGUGAAAGGUAUUCCCUGUCAAUCAAUACAUGGAAAUCUUGAUCAGAGUGAUCGUGAAGCUGCUCUUGCAGAUAUGUUAGAUGGUACAGUAAACAUUUUGGUAGCUACAGAUGUUGCAUCUAGAGGAAUAGACAUUAAAGAUUUAACACAUGUUAUUAACUUAGAUUUUCCAAGGCAUAUUGAGGAGUAUGUCCACAGGAUUGGCAGAACGGGCAGAGCAGGAAAAACUGGCACUGCUCUAACAUUAAUUACAAGAAAUGAUUGGGCACAUGCUGCUGAGCUGAUAAAAAUAUUGGAAGAAGCCGAACAGGACAUUCCUGAUGAAUUGGAAAGGAUGGCACAUAGAUUCAAAGAAAUGAAAAUAAGGAGUGAAAGAGAGGGUGGGAAUAUGGGCAGGGGUGGCAGGGGUAGGGGCGGUAGGGGUAGGGGCAGAGGAAACAGAUGGUAGUCUUGAGGCGAAGUUGUUGUUCUUUAAUGAUGUCUCCACUUAAGUAAUAUUUAUCAUGCUAUGAAGCUGGAAAUGUUAAUGUCAUAAGUAUUAAAAACCUUAAUUGAUAAAUUAAACAUUACAAAAA